GCUGUUCGAGGGGGAGGGAGUGACGCUUAGAGAGAGAGAUGGGGGGAGGAGGAGUAGAUGUCCACAAGAAGAACAGGAACAGAGCUCCCUAGUUUCCCCCAGCCCACACCUUCCGUACACUUUCUCUCAAUUCAACUUUCUGUCUCUCUCUCUCUCUCCAAAAAAAUUGUGAGACUGAGCAGAGAGCUGCACCAUCCCAGUGUGGGGUGUCAUGACGUAGUGUCAGUAUGAGAUAUGAUGGAGAAGCUUUGGACCAGCCUGUCGGAGGUGUCUUGGAGCUCUGUGUCGGUACCGUUAGAUGCUGUGGUCAGUAAGGUCCGUCUGCCCUGUCUGGUCCGCCUGGCGCCUGGGGAGAGCGUCGAGGGUCUGUGUGAGGACGAUAUGGUGUUGCUCCACUCGUGUCGUCAGUGGACAACAAUCACCGCUCUCUCUCUGGAAGAAGGACACUACGUCAUCGGACCCAAGAUAGACAUUCCUCUGCAGUACCAGGGUAGGUUCCGUCUGAUAGAUGAAGACAGAGACGUCAGGGACCCCAUCCAGUAUUUCUCCUCGGUGGAGGAAGUGGCCGGAAUGUUCCCUGACCGCGUCUUCGCCAUGGAAACGAUCAGCUUCACUGUCAAGGUUCUGUCAGGGGAGUUCAGUGAGGACAGUGAGUCAUACAGUGUGGUGCUGCAGCCUGGUGAUGAGCUGUCACUCACGGGAAAGGCAGAGUUUCUCACAGCCACGCCCACCACGGAGAAGACUGGACUGAGCGCGCUCCUGAGACGCCUGGGGAAGACUCCCCGCAGUAAAACUCCAUGUCUGGUGUGUAUGAACCAUCGGACCAAUCAGAGCAUCUCUCUGCCCUUCGCCUGCCGAGGACGGUUCUGCACGCGCUCCCCUCUGGAGCAGGGCAUGCUGGGAGCUGACCACACGGUGCGCAGCAUCAUCGAAAGGGUCCGACUUCCUGUUAAUGUUACCGUGCCGACCAGACCACCACGGAACCCUUACGACCGCCACGUGGUGAGAGAAGGGCAUCGCUACAAGCUGCUGAACAUUGUCAGUAAAACGGUGGUGUUGUGUCUCGUCCUACGGCCAAUACAACUGGUUCCCUCCCACUUCCUGUUGCUGCGCUGCAUGCCGCGCUUCUCUGUGGCAACGCCCUCGGCAACUACGGACAGCCUGUUGCUACGGCAACAUGCCAGCUUCGACCCUGAUGGGUACAGCCGAGCCGUGCGCGAGACGCGCCCAGAACUCAGCGAGGAGAGAGUGUGCGUGAGCGAGGACGGUGUGUGUGUGUCAGCGCAGGACUCUCAGCUGCUGUCUGUGUGUGUGUUCGCUGGGGGCGGAGUUACAGACAACGUCAGCCAAUCGCAACGCUGCAGAGACUCUCUAGGGGAGGGGACAGAGUACCUCUCUCCCAAUUGGACAGAGGCUGAGCUGCAGACCAGUGAAGAGAUCCCCUACGAGGAAUUGUGGACCAAUCAGACUGCAGAGGGCCUGGGGAAGGCAGAGCCAAACCGCAUCUCCGUCCAUUCCUCUUCCUCUUUGGAUGGAUUGCUGGGGACCGCCCGCCUCGCCAUGGUGACAAGAGUAUCAACCCCGCCCCCUGUACCUCCAAAAUCAGACGCAGUGAGAGAAGAGUGCAGGUUCCUGAUCGCUCCUCCAGUUCCUCCUCGAUGCUGUAAAGGAGACUCCUCCCCUUCCUGUCCAAGCCCCACCCCCAGUCCACCGGUCCCGCCCCGCUUCCCACAGACACAUCUCUCCUAUUACUCCUCUGGACCACCCAACAGUUGUUCUGUCUCUCCUCCAGACUCGUCUAUCUACUGUUAUCCAUGUUCCUGGACUGACCCCUCCCACAUCAGCCCUGAGCCAAUCCCUGCUCUCCCUGCUGACAGCUUGGCCAAUCCCCAGCCAGCGCAGGCCACCUGGGUGGAGCCGUGGAGCUAUAAUUCCUCUUCCUUCUCCCGGCUGAGGCUUCCGCCCCCUCAGAGUCGAUUCGCUCCCUUCGGAGCACUGAACCCCUUUAACCGCCCUAGUCCCUCCCCCUGCCCCUCCCCAGAGCCUGUACCAGCCAAUCAGACAGCAGAGCUCUCUAGAGGCGCCGAGGGAGGCGGGACAUGCGAGGGGUCGACUCCGCCUAGUGACCCUGCCUGGCGCCCGCCCACUGACCUGUCUGCCCUCUCAUUGGAGGAGGUGUCUGCCAGUCUGAGGUUCAUUGGCCUAUCAGAGGCAGCGGUGGGCGUGUUCCAGAGAGAGCGCGUUGACGGGAGCCUCCUGGUUCAGCUCGACGAGGAGACCCUGUCACAUGACUUCCAUCUCAGCCGUUUGCAUGUCACCAAGAUCACACAGUUCAUACAGGGCUGGAGGCCCAAGAUUUAACGGAUCACACAGUUCAUACAGGGCUGGAGGCCCAAGAUUUAACGGAUCACACAGUUCAUACAGGGCUGGAGGCCCAAGAUUUAACGGAUCACACAGUUCAUACAGGGCUGGAGGCCCAAGAUUUAACAGAUCACACAGUUCAUACAGGGCUGGAGGCCCAAGAUUUAACAGAUCACACAGUUCAUACAGGGCUGGAGGCCCAAGAUUUAACAGAUCACACAGUUCAUACAGGGCUGGAGGCCCAAGAUUUAACGGAUCACACAGUUCAUACAGGGCUGGAGGCCCAAGAUUUAACACCGUCACAAGGUGUUUAUCACACCAGAGGAGGCAGCUGAUUGGAGGACGGCUCAUAAUAAUGGCUUGGAACGGAAACCAUGUGUUUGAUGUACUUGCUAGCAUUCCACUGCAGCCAUUACCACGAGCCCAUCCUCCCCAAUUAAGAAGCCACCAACCUCCUGUGCGAUCUACGUAAAGGACGAAGGCAAGGUUUGCCAUUUUAAUGAAGUACUGUACUUUCUGUCUUGUUCGCUGUAGUCACCCUCGGUGGGCUGCUCCCUCAUUGGGCAGCUCCCUCGGUGGGCAGCUCCCUCAUUGGGCAGCUCCCUCGGUGGGCUGCUCCCUCAUUGGGCAGCUCCCUCGGUGGGCUGCUCCCUCAUUGGGCAGCUCCCUCGGUGGGCUGCUCCCUCAUUGGGCAGCUCCUUCAGUGGGCAGCUCCCUCAUUGGGAAGCUCCCUCAUUGGGCAGCCUGUGACAUGACUUCCACUUUAGGACGUUAACAAGGCGACACUCCAUCUUAACUCCUCCUCCACAUUGACUGGAUUGGUUGAACAGCACAGAAGAGAGAACCUCCCGACAGUAAAAUGUUUUUCUCGUCAGGACCAGAAACAAGGAAAAACCGCUCAGGCGUUUAUUUCCCGCCUGCAGCGUUUGGUUACCGUAGAGACAUCCUACAUGUCCCUUCUUAUUGGUUGAAUCAGAUGCUGUGUACCUUCCGAUUGGAUGAACCCCGGCUGCUGUGUGCCUUCUUAUUGAUUGGAGGAGAGAUAGGGACUCUAUACUGCCACUUGGAGGGUGAUUUGAGAAGUGUGCUAGUCAGAGCAUUUUAAAUCUCUAUAUUCAAGGUUAACAUGUGUCCCUCUGCUGGCCAGUCAACCUAUUACAGAAUGCCUUUGGUUUGUGGAGAACAAGUUUAAGGCCUAGAUUCAAUCAGAUCGUUGGAGUCAUCAAAUCGGUGAGAAGCAGCUCUUGCGAUCCUCAACCCUUCCUUAACGUUUUUGAGUGAAUUAAGAAGGGAAUGGCGACGUCAUUUGUAGCGACAUAAGAAGCGAAAUGUGGUUUUCCAUCAAAAUAACAAUUCCUGUGUUCUAACGCGAAGGUAAUAAAGGAACUUAUGUUUUAAUAGAUGAGUCAGACAGGAGAGUUUGAGUGAUGAAUUUGGACAGAGGAUAUCAAAAUCUCUCCGCCGAGAAAUACUUGGAUGAACUGGGGGGAAGAUAAAAAAAUAUAUAUUUUCUGUCAAUUGAGCCUUAUUCUCUGCCAACUGUUAUACAAACUGUUAUACAUGGAUAAUAGCUAGGCCUGUCUGCAUGAUUGACUUGUCAUUUCAUUAGGCCUAGACUACUAUAUACAAUCUGCGUUUCUGAUUUGUAAUUCAACUUUGCCAUGGUUUGCUUAGCUACAGUAGGCUAGGCAAUAUGUAAAAUGAACAAUUUACUACAGUAUCUUGCUUAGUUCAAAUUGACAGACUCAUUUAUUAAACCUGAAAUAGCGAGGAGAUUUCGGUUAAAAGUGUUUGUGUUGCCCAAUAGCCUGGAUUUGACAGCUCUAAUGCGAUCUGAUUGAAUCCAGCCCUAAAGGUCUUUGAUAGGCUGAUGAGGAAUUUGUUCCAGGAAAUAAUCUGUCAUCUGGUGAGGUUAGCAUAGGGCUAACGUGUGCCAGGUUAUCUGAUGAGACCAGCUACAAUGUAGCAUUCUGUCACAUGACACUACAUCAACCAUUUUUAAUUGGCUGAUGUUUAAACUUAACCUUGAACUUAAACUUUUGUUUUGGAACCUUCAGAUAGAAAUAGCCUUUGUAGACCAAAUAUGCCUUUGACAUGUAGAAUAAGGAUUUAACAUCAGCUCUGUUCAUGGCAUUUCUAUCUGCAACUGAACGUGGUCCUGCAGUAACUGCAAACUGUAGAGUUAACUAAGUUCUGGCUGCUACAGGGGGUUGCUAUGGUGAUUUGCUAUGGUAAGGGCUGGUGUUAGUCUCUUUACUAGUGAUGAUGGUGUUUAACCAGGGAUUGUAGUGAUGAUGAUGAUGAUGAUGAUGAUGGUGAUGAUGAUGGUGGUGUUUAACCAGGGAUUGUAGUGAUGAUGAUGAUGAUGAUGAUGGUGAUGAUGAUGGUGGUGUUUAACCAGGGAUUGUA